AUGCAAUGGUAUGAGUUUCACGAGGAACCAUCUGGUGGUGUUGGUGCUCCCAAUGGUAUGAAGAAAAGGUUGUUUGAGAUAUUUGAAGGUUGGUGCGACAAUGUACUAGACUUAUUGGAUGCAACAGAGGAGGAAGCGAUUCUGAGAAGAGAUAUCUAUGAUAGAACUCCUAGUUUCACUUGGGGUAAAGGGCGUGUUACUCUACUUGGUGAUUCUAUUCAUGCAAUGCAGCCAAAUAUGGGACAAGGUGGAUGCAUCAUGGCCAUUGACGAUAGUUAUCAAUUAGCAGGGGAGCUUGAAGAAGCGUGGAAACAGAGUGUUACAACUAAUAGGCCUGUUGAUAUUUACUUAAACAUGAUCUCUAAAUAUGAAGAAUCUAGAAGACUCAGAGUGGCUAUUAUACAUGGAAUGGCGAGAAUGGCUGCAAUUAUGGCUUCAACUUACAAAGCUUACUUAGGUGUUGGGCUUGGUCCUCUCUCUUUCUUGGCCAAGUUUAGAAUACCACAUCCGGGAAUAAUUGGUGGAAGAUUCUUCAUGGAUAUUACUAUGCCUUUGAUGCUUGACUGGGUCCUUGGUGGUAACAGUGAAAAACUUGAAGGAAGGUCACCUAGUUGCAUGUGA